AUGGUCAAGAACUGUGCGGAGUGCUGUCUUAAUCAAAAUAAACCUUCACCUGUUGCACCUAAACAUGUUUGGGAGUUCCCUUCCAGACCUUUUGAACGAGUUCACGUUGAUUUUGCGGGUCAGUUCUUAGGGGUUUAUUUUUUGGUACUGGUUGAUGCAUACUCAAAAUGGCCAGAAGUACACAUAAUGAAUAAGAUUGAUACAGAGUCCACGUUAAAGGUAUUGGAGCGAAUUUUUUCUACUUUUGGAUAUCCAGAUGUGUUAGUAAGUGAUAAUGGUUCUCAAUUUGUGAAUCCAAAAUUUCAGGAAUAUUUAAAAUGUCACAACAUAAUACACAAGCGGUCAGCUCCGUACAAUCCAGCCACAAACGGCCAGGCUGAGCGUUAUGUACAAAUAAUAAAAAAUAAGUUAAGGUGUCUUAGAGCUAACAAGAAUAAAAUGCAGAAAUGUUUAAAUCAAAUUUUAUUUCAAUACCGAAUAAUGCCUCACACAGCCACUGGGAAAACUCCUAGCGAAUUAAUAUUCAAUUUUUGUGUUAAAUCAAAUUUGUCAGCAAUGUGCCGGCAGUCUAACAAUGAUGUAGAAAAAGCGAGAAAACUACAUGUAGGUGAUCGGGUAAUUGCUCGCAACUACUCUGGCCAAGAGAGGUGGAAAUUUGGUAGAAUCAAUAGGGUCCUAGGCUCUUUACAUUAUGAAAUAAUAAUGGAUAAUGGCUUACUAUGGCGUAGGCACAUUGAUCAGUUGAGAAAGAUUGGAGAAAAUGUUAGAUUGGUACGAGAUAAUGAUUGUAUAUCUCAGGACUGGGCCUUAGACAAUAAUUCAGAAAAAGUUUUGAAUUCUCCGGGGUUGAGUGAUACAGUUUCCUCGGAAGUUAAAGAUAAUGAAACGGAACAUGGCAAAGGCCUGACGGCUGAUAUUUCUCAUGAAGUUUCUAAUCCUCAGGAUAUUCCUCAUACAAUCACUAGUGAUGCUGCUACUACUACAUCGACUUCGGUUGGUAAUAAUACUCAUAUACGUGACGUUCCUAAUCACCCAGGUGUACGUAGAAGUAGCAGAAUCAAGAAACCUGUUGUAAGACUUGAUUUAUAG